AUGGACGACAUCUUUGACGACGCAUUAAACCUAGAGUCCAAAUUCUACGACGAGGGAUACGCGGACGGACACGCGCACGGAGCACAACACGGCGUCUUCGAGGGGCGCCAGCUGGGCCGCGAGAAGGCUUGGGAAGUAUGGGACGAGCUGGGGUUCUAUGAGGGCUAUGCGCGUGUGUGGCUGCGUAAGCUGGAGGGAAAGGUCGGAAGGAAGGAGGUCAAGUCGGCGUCGCAUGCGACAGCCCUCCUCGGUCUCAUUGCCGGGUUCCCGAUUACCAACCCCUCGGCAGGGGCCGCUCCAACCACAGCACAGGACAUUGCGUUGGCUGAGAUCGAUGCCGAGACGUCUCGUCCCAAAUCGCGGUCGCGCGGCGCGUCACCGGCGGCCGGCGGCGAAGUCGACCUCGAGAGCCUGCUCAUGUCUAUCCGUGCGCGGUAUCGGUUGCUCUGCACGAGUCUCGGGACGCGGCCACGCCUCACUGCCGCCAAGGAUGGGAGUGAGCGGGCGGCAGUAGUUGAAGGUAUUGAGGGCCCAAUGAAGGGCGUGGAUACGCGGCAGCUGCGGUUCUAG